UCCAUCCGACUCGCCGUCUACGCGUCGUUCCGUUAGCCGUGGUCCAAGCACGCCCCUGCGUCAGUGACCGUGGCACCGAUCAACUCGUGCAUCGGCUAAGCCGCGUCAGUCGAGUUCGUGCCGGCCCGAGUCGCCAUGCCGAACUCGGACCACGGUCAAACCGAACUGCACAUAGUCAAGCGAAUGACCGACCGACUCCGAGUGAGCCGUCGGUCCAGUUCAGUCGAAUUGGUCCGGUCAGCCGGACU